GUGGAACAGGAGGAGUGGACUGGUUAUAUUUCUGCAUCCUGAAUGAACCACACGAGCUAAUAAACCUCCCCUGGAGGGAGGGAGUUAGGAGAGAAGGACUGCUAGCACUAAUGUCUCCAUAAACCUGAGGACUACUCUGGAGUUUGCAGUUCUGGACAGAUUCAGGAGGACUUCACGAUGCACAAGACUCACAGAAUGACGCUCAAACACCAACAGAGAUACUGUCAAAUAAUCCACAGAGAGAUUGUAACUGAAAUGGCAGUGACAGCCUUCACAUUCUGGUCCAGAGACACAACAACGACUACUGGGCUCUCCCCAUCACCACCACCUGAGCCGCCUGAAUAUGGCAGGAAAAAGUUCAGUCCUCCAUACAGAACAAGCCUGAAAGUGCAACAAAUGUGGACACCAGGACAGACAGAGAGAGACACAGCUGUUUGACAGAAGUCCUCCUCCUCUUCUUGCAGGUGGAUCAUUGAAAAUCAUUGCCACCAUGCGGGACCUGAAGAAGAAGGACAAGCUACUGGAGGCAGCCGGAGACACAUACGGCAAGACCUUGAUGCUGCUCCCACUAGAUGUGUGCAGUGACGACUCGGUCAAGCAGUGCGUCAACAACGUCAAGGACCGCCAUAUUGAUAUCCUGAUCAACAAUGCCGGCGUGGGCUUGCUGGGACCCGUGGAGAGCAUCAGCAUCGAGGAGAUGAAACGAGUAUUUGAGACCAACUUCUUUGGUGUCGUUCGCAUGAUCAAAGAGGUGAUGCCGGACAUGAAGAAGAGGCGUUCAGGACACAUCUUGGUCAUGAGCAGUGUCAUGGGUCUUCAGGGAGUGGUGUUCAAUGACGUUUACACUGCCUCUAAGUUUGCCAUGGAAGGUUUCUGUGAGAGCAUGGCCGUGCAGCUGAUGAAGUUCAAUAUCCGGUUGUCCAUGAUUGAGCCCGGCCCGGUGCACACGGAGUUUGAGACGAAGAUGAUGGAGGAUGUGGCCAAGAUGGAGUAUCCGGGAGUAGACGCCGACACAGUUCGUUAUUUUAAAGACGUUUACCUGCCGUCGUCCAUAGAUAUAUUUGAAGCCAUGGGCCAGACGCCGGACGACAUAGCCAAAUGCACUAAAAAGGUUAUUGAGUCAAACAGCCCUCGCUUCAGGAAUCUGACCAACAGCCUAUACACACCCAUUGUGGCCUUAAAGUACGCAGACGAGACCGGCGGCCUGUCUGUCAACACCUUCUACAACCUGCUCUUCAAUUUCGGCCCUCUCAUGCACAUCACCAUGAGCAUCCUCAAGUGCCUGACGUGCAGCUGCCUGCGUAGACGCACCGUGUCGCCUAACUAAAGAGGGUGACCCUGAUCUUCCCGGUUUGUUGACCCCCAUCAAGUCCCGACUGCCUUUUCCUGAGGUUUGGGGCUGAGCAGGUAGACUAGAGCCAGUGACCCUGGAGAGAGGGGGUGCCUUUUAGUUCAAAGACACUACCAUGAUAAGCUUUGCCAGACAACAUGCACAAUUGCACAAGUUUGUCACAGAGAUGUUGUACGCAGGAUGACCUCAUGUACUCACACACACACACACACACACACAGAAACAUACAGAAAUACAAGCAUCACACACAUUGCAUUAUUGUACAUACAGUACAUACUAUAAAGGCCUUUGCAUACCAAGUCCAUAUUUUUCAUCCAAAAUUGUCGCACGUUUAAAAAUAAAUACGACCUUGCGUCAAUCACGUUUACACGCCGGCCCUGAAACUUUUGUCCAUCAUUAAAGUUUUCGGAACAGG